GUUUUUGAAAUACGAGUAUAUUAUUGCUAUAAACAUAUCAAUUGUGGCGCGUAUUUUGCAAUAGGUACACUUAUGGUGAAAAUGGUUCAGAUGUGGAAGCAGUUUUUCAAUGGACAGAUCAUUCUUCGAUACGGUACGACGUUCUUGCUGUGGAUUAUUUGGGUGUUAGACACAGCUGCCUCUCUACUCUUUGCCUUAGCAUUAUGGUGUUUUAUCAAAAAUGAUUCAGAUCGAGAAAUACAGCUAACAGAAGAUGAUACAUUGGUGCAGUUUCUGUAUUUUUACUAUAUUUCAUGGAGCUUAAUUCUGGUGCUAAUUUCAGUGAUAGGCGUAAAAGCUAGUCAUUCGAAAGAAACGCAGGUAUUCGACGAAAUAUUCUAUCACUUUUGCCUACACGCUUUCAAGGAGACCUUUUGUUUACUUUUGAUGUUCUUCUUUACAUCGCCAUUCAGGGAUAUCCAGCCCUACUUAAUUUACUCAGCUUUACUAAAAAUAGGAGUCCUGAUUUUCAUCGCAACACGAGCCAAUAAUUUUAGGAAUUUAUCGAAGAAUGAGCCAGAAAAAAAAUGUGCACCAGAUAUUCCACUUCCAGAAUCAUCAUCUUACUCUGCUGUCGAUCUACUUCGUACAGAUUUGAUUUCGACCAGAUUGUGGAAACCAACUAUCUACGUGAUAUGAUAUGCUAGAUUGAUAGAUGGACCCUUUUUUACUGUUUGGUAAAAAUUCAAGACGUGAUUGCUCAAGUACCUAUUGUUCUUUGCUCAUGUACCUAAUUUUGUAAACCUCUUGAUAGCAUUGGCCUUUUUUCUUUGUAGGCAUGCAACCAUUUCAGCUUUAAAGCAUGCAAAAUUGCAACAAUCUGAUUCAAAAAUUAAAUCUAAGGAGUAAAAUAACUGUAAUCCAUCUGAAAAUCGUUUUUUUUUUAAAUUUUUUAUGCACCCAGUACUCGGAAAUUCCGGCUUUAGUAGAGUAAAACGCUUACACUAGCUUCAACUCGAAAGAUAAGUGAAAAAACGUGGACAUUUUUUCAAUAUUCCGCAAUUUCCCUCACAAAAAACAGAAUCCUUAAAAUAAAUACCUACCUAGAGAGAAUACAACCGAAAUUGUAUAUUUCAGCAUACUGAUGAAUAAUUCAGUUCUUUUAAUUUAAUUUUAAAAAUGAAAUUUCCAGAGUAAUUUUGAAUUAAUGAACAAUUCAACGAAACCGUUUCAAUAUGCAAUAAAUGUUUUCGAGAAUAAUUCCUAAGGUAUUUUUUUUUUUUUUUUUUUUUUGUUACGAACAUUAGCAUAUUAUUAAGAAAAACACUUUCAGCCGGCUCCUAAUUAUGCCCAUACAAAAUUUAACGUUGUAUAGCUAGUACCUAUACCUCCUUAUCACGUAUUAAUUUUGUUAUUGAUUUAUUGAUUUAUUUAUUUUUAAGAAAUGGUUUAAAUGUAGGGGUCUGGAAUCAAUCAAAACGAAAUCGGCAUAUUUUGGAUUCAAGGCAAUGCUGGAAACAGAUUGGUUCAUAAAAAUGAUGAAACUAGAUAAUAAUUUUCAUUAAACUUUUUUGAACAGAGUUGGUCAUUUUCACUUUUAAAAAACAAAAAAAAAUGCGUUUAAAAAUAAUUUGAGGUGUUCUUAAAACAUUAGGUACCUGAGUGAUAUCUAGACUUUAUCGAUUAGAACAGAACGCGAUUUUUGGAAAUAGCAUGGCCUGAAACCUUCAUAGAUAACAAAAUUUCAGCAGCCCAAAUUGAUUUUUCAGUCACAGCAAUUUUUUUGAAAAUCAAAAAUUGUCCAUUUAUUUAUUCAAUAAAAUAUGUAUCACCAUUUCAGAUCAUUCUGAAGCUC